UAUACAUUUCCUGCGUUGUAUGCAGCGAGAGCUUACACAGCGUACCGAGUGUAGCAAUUGUGCAUUGAAGGGUCCUAAAGGUUGCAAGAUGAAUAAUUUACAUCGACAAAGAAUUUUCAAUUCCAUGGACAAACUUAUCCAUUACACCAACUAUACGACUUUGCGUAAUGAGUGCAUCCAACGGGAUAUGCUUUCGCUGGACAUGGUUCUCCGGAUUGAGAGCUUAGCGGCGGACGAGACGACCAGGCAUAAACUAAUGUUUGAGAAGAUCACUAGACGUGGUCCCAAGGCUUUCAAUACACUACUCGAUAUUUGCCAACGCAAUUUUCCCAAAGCAUACGCCGAAUUGAACCCCUCUUCAAACGAUCAACAAAUGCAUUCUACGUUAAACCCACAACGUAUCCGGUCAGUCAGUUGCAAUGUUGCCCCUAAACCUUUCUUGAUUCGCGGUGCACUCGAAAUAGUGGACGGAAAAAAUUAUAACUUCGCAGCUGAAUCAGUCCCCGAAGAGAGUAAAUGUACGCUUCAAGUCCAUGAAGAUAUUCUGCCUUCAUUUUCAGUAACGCUGUCAAGUGGUCCGACGACGACACACCCGAAAGUUCCAGCAUACCCGAUGAAAAGCCGUAAUAGAGGCGUUGCAUUUAUUGUAAAUGUAAUAACCUUCGUAAAGGACGUCCAUGGAAAAAGAAAUGGAGCUGAUAUCGAUGGACAAAACUUAAUUUCGCUGUUCCAGCAACUAGGAUUUGUAGUAUUUUACUAUGAAAACAUUACCAUGGGGGACUUGAAAGAAUUAUUUGCAAAACUGAAAGAGUCGGAUUAUUUAUCAUGCGACUGUUUUGCAUUCUACAUUCUUUCCCAUGGCGACCAUAAGAAAGGCAGCGAUUUUAUUUAUUUACAUGAUAAUUCAAUCCUCCGGGUUGAGGACAUAUUGACUGAAUUUAACACAGUGAAUUGUACUAAACUGAUUCGUAAGCCAAAACUCUUCUUCAUAUCCAUAUGUCGUGGAGAGCAGUCGGACCUUGGUUCGUUCCGCCUGUCAACCAAUACUGAACGCGAUGGCAUGAUAGAUCCACGAAAACAAUUGCCAUCGAAUAUCGCUACGUUCUGCGAUAUGCUGGUAUGCUAUGCUACGGUACCAGGUUUUGCUGCUCACCGUGACCCGAGCACUGGAUCAUGGUUCGUUGAAAGCAUGUGCCGAGUAUGGGCAGAACAUGCGCACGAUACGGAUGUAGAGAUUUUGAUGAAGUUGGUGGGAGAAAAUGCCGCCACAUAUCGAACUGAAACGGCGGCACUACAAACUAUAUGCACUGAGCAAAGAGGAUUUUUUAAACAACUUUUUUUAAACCCGGGCUACUAUGAACGACCCGAAGAUACAACGGCCUGAUGCAGAUAGAGGACAACGGCCUUUUAAAAUUGCUUUUCACACCAUGAUUUUUAUAUUUUAAGUUUAAUGAGAGCAUUUUUUAUGUUAUUGCUAUCCGUUCAAUAGCUUAUAUUAACAAAGGAUAAAUGUAGUCUUUUUCGCAAGGGAAUCUGGCUAUGUUAUAUUAUCCAAAAUUUAAGCAUUAAAUUUAUUUCUUCGGGCUGAAUAAAACUCCUCAUCGAAUUUGAUUAAC